GCAGGGGGGCGUGGCCUCCGCCCCUUCCUGCGCCGGGACCUCCGAGGACGGGGCUGCAGAGAGGGGAGCUCCCGUCGGAGCUGCGGGACCGGAGAGCACCGUGCUGCGGGCAGCAUGGCACAAUGGCAGGAGGUGCAGAACUUGGCCAACGCGUACCUGGAGCAGAUCCAUCAGCUGUACGCGGGGGCUGCGCUGCCCAUGGCCGUGCGGCAGAGCCUGGCAGCAUGGAUCGAGGACCAGAACUGGCGCCAGGCGGCAGAGCCGCUCUCCUCCCAUGCCCGGAUGCUCUUCCAUUCCCUGCUGGCGCUGCUGGGGGAGCGCCUGGGCAGCCUGGGGCUGGGCAAUGAGGACUUCAUGCUGAGGCACAACCUCCGCAAGGCCCAUCGGGACCUGCAGGCCAAGUUCGAGGAGUGCCCGGAGACCUUCGCUAACCUGGUGGCCAAUCUGCUGCAGGAGGAGCGACGCAUCCUGCGCCUGGGGCAGGCGGGGGGGCAGGGGGGGGCAGCCCCAGCACCCAGCCCGUCCCCAAGGAGUGACCGGGAGCAGCAGAUCCAGAGGCGCUUGGCUGAGUUCCACACAGCCCUGCAGGAAGCCGAACGCGCCUUCCGGCACCUCGAGGACAUGCAGGAUGCCUUUGACUUCUGCUUCAAGGUGCACUAUGUGCCAGGUGAGGACAGGACCAGUGACCCCCAGUACAUGCAGCAGAUCCAAGAGCUCCAGGCCAAGCUGCAGAUCCUGGACCGGCAGCGGCGGGAGGUGCUGGCUCAGAUACAGCAGCUCCUGGGGCGCAGUGAGACCCUGCGGGACUUCCUGCUGCAGGAGCUGCAGGCAUGGAGGGAGCGGCAGCAGCGAGCGUGUAUGGGGGCACCCGAGGACACCGACCUGCGCCCGCUGGAGACGUGGUUCACGGAGCUGGGCCAGGGCCUGUUCCAGCUGCUGCGGCUGCUGCGGGCGCUGGGGGAGCUGCGGCUCAAGGUGACCUACGAGAGGGACCCGCUCAAGGCAGAGCCCCCAUUGCUGGAGCAGCGGCUCAAGGAGCUGCUCUCGUACCUGCUGCAGAGAGCCUUCGUGGUGGAGCAGCAGCCCACGAUGCCCAACGCCCUCAAGCGCCCCCUCGUGCUCCGCACCGGGACCAAGUUCUCUGCCCGCGCCCGGCUCCUCCUGCGCCUGCACGACCGCAACCAGCCCAUGGAGGCCUCGAUCCACAUCGACAGGGACCCCCCCAAGAUAAAGGGGUUCCGCAGGUUCAACAUCCUCACAUCGAGCAGCAAAACCCUCCUGACAGGAGACAGUCCCCAGGAGGGGCUGGUCUGUGACUUCCAGUACCUGACACUGAAGGAGCAGAAGGACAGCAGGGCCGGCAAGGGCAGCAAAGGCGGCAGCGAGGGCCCCCUGGUGGUGACGGAGGAGCUGCACCUCAUCACCUUCAGGCUGGCGUACACGUACUGUGGGCUGGAGCUGGAGCUGGAGAGCUCCACGCUGCCCUUCAUCAUCAUCUCCAACAACAGUCAGCUCUCCAGCGCAUGGGCCUCCAUCCUCUGGUUCAACAUGCUCAGCCCCGAGCCCAAGGAGCACCAGGCCCAGUUCUUCUCUGCGCCCCCCCCUGCCCCAUGGCCGCAGCUGGCGCAGGUGCUGAGCUGGCAGUUCCAGAGUGUGGCUGAGCGGGGCCUGAGCCGGGAGCACCUCCUCAUGCUGGCCGAGAAGCUCUUCGGCUCGAAGCCGUCUCCAGACAGCACCUUGAGCUGGACCAAGUUCUCCAAGGAUGGUGCUGCCGGCUUCUCCUUCUGGGCCUGGCUGGACGGGAUCCUGGGGCUGCUCCAGGAGCACCUCAAGCAGCUCUGGAAGGAUGGGCUCAUCCUGGGCUUCGUGAGCCGGAAGCAGGAGAAGAAGCUGCUGAAGGGGAAGAGGACAGGGACGUUCCUGAUCCGGUUCAGUGAGAGUGUCCUGGGGGGGGUCACCUGUACCUGGGUGGAGCAUCCUGAGAGCGGACCCCCUGUGUUCCGCGCCGUGGUCCCUUACACUGCAGCUGAGCUGGUGUCCCUGGCGCUGCCUGACAUCAUCCGUGACUAUCAGCUGCUGGUGGAGGAGAACAUCCCCGAGAACCCGCUCCAGUUCCUGCACCCCAACAUCCCCCGCGACGAAGCCUUCGGUCCCUACUACAGCAAGAGGGAGGAGGGGAACCUGAUGGAGCAGAAGAAGUACCUGAACCGGCGCCUCAUCCGCGUGUCCUCCAGGCAGGCAAAUGAGUCGUGGCAGACGGAAGAGGAGCUGGUGACAGCCACAGAAAACCUGGAGACGCUGAAGCUGCAGCCUGGGAGCUCCGGGAUGCAGCAGCCCAAGGAGCCAGGGAUGCUGCAGGUCGGGCCUGGGAACCUGGGGUCGGUGCAGGCCACGAGCCCAGGGCCAGUGCAGGUGAUGGCCACGAGCCCAGGGGUGCUGCAGGUCAGCCCUGGGACCCUGGGGCCAGUGCAGGUGAUGGCCACGAGCCCUGCGCUGCUGCAGCCACAGCCCCCAGGCCUGGAGCCAUCGCAGCCACUGCAGGUCUUGGAGAUGCUGCAGCCGGGGAUUGGGAGCAUGGAGCCGCAGUUGGUGCUGCAGCUCAUCCCUGAGGGCCAGGGGGUGCUGCAGCCGGGACCAGGAGCUGUGGCCAUGCUGCAAGUGGUGCCUGGAGGGCAGCCGGUGCCUGGGGAGGCAGGGAUGCUGCAGCCGGUGCCUGGGGACACGGGGUUACCACAAACAAUGCUCCAGGAUACAGGGGUGCCACAGACAAUGCUCCAGGAUACAGGGAUGCCACAGCCAGUGCCUGGGGAUGCGGGGAUGCUGCAGCCGGUGCCCAAGCACACAGGGAUGCUGCAGACAGUGCCCAAGCACACAGGGAUGCUGCAGACGGUACCCGAGCACACAGGGAUGCUGCAGCCGGUACUCAGUGAUGUGGGGAUGCUGCAGCCGGUGCCAGGGGCUGUGGAGCCGCUGCUGGUCCCUGAGGAGCCGGAGCCGCUGCCACUGGAGCUGAGGGACCUGGAGCCGCUGCCCGGGAGCCUGGACAUGCAGGAGCUGCUGCAGUCGCUCGCAGAGGGCUCCGGGAGCCUGGAAGCGCUGGAGGCUGUGGAGCUGAUGCCCAACGCGCUGGAGGCCGGGCAGGGGGUCCCCUUCGGCGCUGAGCUCCUCGUGCCCCCCGCAGGCAGCUCCGCGCUCCUGGAUGCCCAUGACCCGUUCCUGCCGCAGCCCGAGGACGUGGCUCUGCCUGCGGCCGUCGGGUCCCUCUUCAGCACCGACUUCCCCCCGCUCCACAUCGAUGCCAACGACUUCCAGUGACCCCCCCGCAAAUAAACCUGUUCCCAGCCGGGUCUGAGCCGCACACACG